UCUCUCUUUACUUUUAAGCAUGAAUGGGGCAAAAGCUGCUACUGCUGAGGACGUUGAGCGAACUGCUACACGUAUGGAUGAUGUGAAAAUGAAUGAGCGCAUUGUUGUAUGGCGAGUAGUCAACGGAGAGCGGAGAAGAGUCCUUGCUACUUUGCUAAAGAAGAGAACUCGUGAGUCGAAACAUGAGUUUGGUGAAACGAAUGGCGAGAAAAGCGAUCAUGAAACAAAUACUGCUCCGAAUGAGACCAACAACAUGAAGGACGAAAGUUUGGAGUAUUUUGUGCAUUUCGAUGGUCAAGAUCGGAGGCUUGACCAGUGGAUCAGUGGAGACCAAUUUAUCGAGAUGGCCCCGAAACAAACCAGCAGCGAUCUUGCAGCGACUAAUGCACCUACCGGUGAUACUCGCUUGACAAGAAAACGAAGGAAAAAUGAUAAUGAGGAGUUAGUCUCACUCGACGAUUCGGUGCGAGGAGAUCACCAUAGAAAAGCACCACCAGAGAAAAACGUAGAAAGGAUAGUAUUUGGGUGCUACGAAAUUCAAUGUUGGUAUUAUUCCCCUUAUCGGUUGAAGAAGAAAGCCGUAAAACGGUUGUAUGUUUGCGAAAAUUGCCUUCUUUACACUGAUGACGUGGAAAUGUACAGAUGUCAUUUGGCAAAAGAUUGUGAGCGAGCGAACCCGCCCGGCGAAUUGAUCUACGAAGAAGGCGACAUCCAGAUAUAUGAAGUUUUUGGUGCUUUGCAGCAGUUCUACUGUCAACGACUUUGUCUUCUUGCCAAGCUUUUUAUCGAUCAUAAAACGUUAUGUUUCGACGUGGAAAAUUUCAUCUUUUAUCUGCUUUGCGAAACUGAUAAGGAUGGAGCCCACAUUGCAGCAAUGUUUUCGAAGGAAAUGCACUCUUCCAACAACCUGGCAUGUAUCAUGACACUGCCUUGUUACCAGAGGAAGGGUUAUGGAAAUCUUUUGAUACAACUCAGUUACGAGAUGUCAAAGAGAGCAAAGUAUCCUGGAACACCAGAGCGACCAUUUUCGGAUCUCGGUGAAAUCUCCUACAAGAAAUACUGGCUUUUUGUCUUACUGGAAUUUUUUGAUUCAGCAGUCAUGAGAAAGGUAGAGGAUGUUACUGUUGACGAUCUUGAAGCAUUGGUUGGCAUUAAUAAAGACGACAUCAAAGACACCAUGGAGCCCAUUGGACUGCUUUCUCAUCUCAAAGGAGGAACAUACAUUGUCCACAACCCAAAGCUGGAUCAGGAAAAUGGUGUGGAAAGGCCCAACCCGCCUCUGAGACGUCUUGAUCCAAAGUAUCUCAACUGGAGCGCGAAGAGUUUUGAUAGGCCAAAGCGGCGGAUUUGAGCUACGCUGCCAAAAUGUCCUCAGCGUGAAAUCGAUGAUUGUUGCUUUUGUCGUAUUCAUGUGAUUCACGUCAAUUUCACAUCUGGAUUUGACAGUGAAUUAUACAAUUUUCUGUUGGCUGUAUCUGUAAUUUUAGAUCAUGUAUGAUCUCUUGUUCAUAAUUCACGUUUUUCAAGCACCCGGUAGUGCACCGUUAUCCAUUGCUUGUUAGAUUCUCUUUGUCAGUUAGUUUUACAUUGAUCCUGCUAUGUCUUGUCACACACUAUAAAUCUGCUAUUAACGGCUUAGAGAAAGAUUUGCCUAAGCUUUUCAAAGUUUUGUGAAUCUAAUCUUACUAGGUUUCUAUUAUGCGGGUAUUUUCAUUAUUUUCUGUUCGCUUGUUAUCUUGUU